CUUAAUGUCGGGCCUCCAAAGGGCGGGACUUUAGCGUCACUAGCUGUCAGCUGUUUUUAUUUUUCUAAACAUUUUUUUUUCUUUUUUUGUUUUGUUUCAGUGGAAAAAGAUGGUCGCCUUCUGUUUGUGUUAGUGCUUUUGAAAAAGGGGACCCCUACAACAACGACUGCUUUUAAAAACGCUGCUCCCUGGGCGCACCCAAGGGUUGCUAAGAAAAUAAAGAGACGCCGAGAGAAGCCAGCAAAGGCCCCCCGGCGCAGAGGAGCUGCAAAGCAGGAUGGAGCAGAAAGAAGGAGCGGGAGGCUCCGGGGGACCAAAUGGGAUGAUCUGCGCUUCGUUCAACCAAGAUUUCACGUCUCUCGCCAUUGGGACAACAAAUGGCUACAGACUGUUUUCUGUAACGUCAGUGGAGAAGCUGGAGAACAUCCAUGACAGCACAGAAAGUCCAGAUGUGUAUAUUGUGGAGCGCCUGUUCUCCAGCAGUUUGGUAGUGGUGGUGAGCCUUGCCAUGCCUCGAAGGAUGAAUGUUUAUCAUUUCAAGAAGGGAACUGAAAUCUGCAACUACAGUUACUCUAACAACAUCUUGGCUGUGCGCUUAAACCGUCAGAGGCUGAUAGUGUGUUUGGAGGAAUCAAUUUACAUACACAACAUAAAGGAUAUGAAACUAUUGAAAACCCUCCUGAAUACUCCAUCUAAUCCCACAGGUAUUUGUGCACUCUCCACUAACCAUUCUAACUCAUACUUGGCUUAUCCUGGCAACUCGACUAUUGGUGAAAUUCUGAUCUUUGAUGCUAACAAUCUGAGAACGGUGACUAUGAUUCCUGCUCAUGACAGUCCUCUCGCUGCUAUAACUUUUAGUUCAUCAGGAACCAAACUUGCCAGCGCCUCUGAGAGGGGUACUGUUAUCCGGGUGUUCACCAUUCCAGAGGGGCUAAAACUUUUUGAAUUUCGCCGGGGAAUGAAAAGAUAUGUCAGUAUCAGCUCCCUUGCUUUCAGUACAGACACCCAGUUUCUUUGUGCAUCCAGCAACACAGAAACCGUUCAUAUCUUCAAACUGGAACAGCACAGCCCAAGUGGCUGUGAUGAGAACUCGCCCACAUGGUCUUCGUACAUGGGAAAGAUGUUUACUGCUGCUAGCAACUACCUCCCAUCUCAGGUGUCUGACAUGAUGAAUCAAGACCGGGCCUUUGCCACAGUUCGCCUGAGCAUGACAGGAAAAAAGAAUGUGUGCUGCCUUGCCACGAUUCAGAAGAUACCCAGAUUACUGGUGGCAUCCUCAGAAGGACACCUCUUUGUUUACAAUGUGGAUCCCCAGGAUGGCGGCGAGUGUGUACUGGUGAAGAAGCACAGGUUGUUUGGAGUGAUACAAGAGGAGAAUGAAGACGCUCCGGAGCCAGAAGUAAACCCCCCAGCAAGUCAGUCUUAUGCUGCCACUGUGGCUAAACCUAGUAUGGUGCCUUCCUCUUCAGCUGUCAAAGGUUAUUCUGAGGAUGGAGGUGCAAAGAAAGGAGAGGUGAUUCCAGAGCACGAAUUUGCAGCCAGUCCAGUGUGUCUGGACGACGAGAACGAAUUUCCUCCUAUAAUUUCUUGCCGGGGUGGAAGUCGGAAUGGAAAAGGGAGACGACACUGAGGUUAAAGGAAAAUUGACACCAUUUGCUGUGGAAUGAGAGCUAAGCCUGAAGCUGGAAGACUUGACGGUGCAUGAGCCAGGAAAAAAAAAAAAUGAAGGGUGCUAAAUAGAAACAUGAAAAUUUUUGGGUAAAGGACUCUAGUUACAUUAAUUAGCUCAGGUCGGGUGUUUUUUAUAUAUAUGCAGGUGCAUGACUGAACUAACAUGGACUGAGUUAACCACAAUGCAAAAGAUACUUGACCAAUUUUUUUAAAUAGUGUAUUUUAUUCUACAAAUAAGGCAUAAGUGCUAAAUGUUUUUACAUGUUUUAUUUUUUGUUUACUUAUGUGCUGUAUGUAGCCAUUUGUCAGACUGCUUUCCUUUCAUGUGUAUGUGCCUAUAAACAUUUAUGUUAAUCAGACCAAUGUAUUUUGCAGAAAGUUGCACAAAACCAAAAACAGUGAGCUAAACUAUUUUCAUAGUUCCAAAAUACAAGUUAGCAAAGCACUAA